UGCGCUCGUUCAGGACCGGGAGGCUCAGGCACCCCAGCGCACCGGUCGGCUCUCCGCCGCCCCCGUGGUGCAGCGAGGGGCGGUGCCCGCCGUGGCCACAUCCCCAGCCCCGACUUGGCUCCGGCUGUCCGGGGUCUCGCAGAAGCCGUAGAGGUGUGCUUGGCGCCUGAGAGCUAGACGAAGUCUUCAGUUCCCGGAGGAGCCGAAGGUCUUUUGUGGACCUACGUGGGGAAAGAAGAGCUGGCUGUGACCUCUGCCCUGUCCUGAAGGCUCCGGCCUUGGGCUAAAUGGCAGCACCCCCGCUGGGCCGUCUGGUGCUGACCCACGUGCUGGUAGCCCUCUUUGGCAUGGGCUCAUGGGCUGCCAUCAACGGGAUCUGGGUGGAGCUGCCUGUGGUGGUGAAAGACCUCCCCGAGGGUUGGAGUCUCCCCUCCUACCUCUCUGUGCUUGUGGCACUGGGGAACCUGGGUCUGCUGAUGGUGACCCUGUGGAGGCGGCUGGCCCCGGGCAAGGGCGAGAGGGCCCCCAUCCAAGUGGUGCAGGCGCUGAGUGUGGUGGGCACGGCCCUGCUGGCCCCCCUGUGGCCCCACGUGGCAGCAGUGGCGGGGCAGGAGUACUCAGUGGCCUUCCUGACUCUCUCCUUCGUGCUGGCGCUGGCCUGUUGUGCUUCGAAUGUCACGUUCCUGCCCUUCCUGAGCCGCUUGCCGCCUUCCUUCCUGCGGUCCUUCUUCCUGGGUCAGGGCCUCAGCGCCCUGCUGCCCUGUGUGCUGGCCCUAGUGCAGGGUGUGGGUCGCCUCGAGUGCCCACCAACCCCCACCAAUGGCACUCCUGGGCCCCCCAUUGACUUCCCAGAGCGUUUUCCUGCCAGCACUUUUUUUGGGGUAUUGUCUGCCCUAUUAGUCGUUUCAGCUGCCGCCUUUCAGGGUCUCCUGGUGCUGUUGCCAUCACCACCGCCUGUACCCACAGGAGGCCCAGGGCCUGGCCUGCAGGCGGGAGCCCCUGGAGUGGAGGAAGAGGAAGAGGCCUCACCCCUGCAGGAGUCUCCCAGCAAGGCGGCAGGCACCACCUGCAGCCCAGAACCUGCGGCCCAUCGGCUGCUCUCCACCCGUAGUGUCUGCCUGCUGGGCCUGCUGGCCGUCACCAACGCUCUGACCAAUGGCGUGUUGCCUGCUGUGCAGAGCUAUUCCUGCUUGCCUUAUGGGCGCCCAGCCUACCACUUGGCUGUGGUGCUGGGCGGUGCCGCCAACCCCCUCGCCUGCUUCCUGGCCAUGGGUAUUCUAUGCAGGUCCCUGGCAGGGCUGGGCAGUCUCUCCCUGCUGGGCAUGCUCUUUGGGGCCUACCUGAUGGCGCUGGCAAUCCUGAGCCCCUGCCCACCUCUGGUGGGCACCUCUGCAGGCGUGGUCCUUGUGCCUGCUACUGUGUCCACCUUCCCAGGUGGUGUCGUGGGUUCUGUGUCUCGGCGUGUUCUCAUACGUGAAGGUGGCUUCCAGCUCCCUGCUGCAUGGGGGGGGCCAGCAGUCGUUGCUGGCAGCUGGCGUGGCCAUCCAGGUGGGCUCUCUGCUCGGCGCCGUGGCCAUGUUCCCUCCCACCAGCAUCUACCAUGUGUUCCGCAGCGGGAAGGACUGUGUGGACCCUUGCGGCCCCUAAGCCUGAGCAGGUGGGGACUCCGCUCCACUCCACUUGUCUUCAGGUUGGGGUUGCCACAGUGCCUGCGUGCCCGCAGCCCAGGGAGGCCCACCCUACAAGCAGCCUGCUCACGGAUGCCUGCGUACUCCACGGGAGAACCUGGCACUGCAGGCCAGGGUUGGGACCACAGAGCAGGCUCGGAGCCAGGGCCCAGCUGGGGAUGUGGAUUUGGCCCAGGCCCAGGACGUGUGUGGGAUUUGUACAAUAAAGUGUGUUCAUUUCAUGAGUUGGAGCUAAUCCUAGGAACAACUCUUGCUGUGUAGAUAGACCUCCCCUGAGCUAGAGCAGUAGCCUGACCUGUUCAACAGGGGCCUGUCCCACUCCCUGGAGCACUCAUAGGUCCUGGAGGUCAUAGAACCUCCUCCUAAACACAGAUACACAUAGAGAACUGCCCAGAGGGAGGGUGAAGGCCAGCCCCCAGGGCCUGGAGUGUAGGCCAAGGACCCACACAGGCUACGGCAGUCAGAGGCUGUCUGGUGGGCCGAGCCAGCCAGGCACGAGGGUCAGGCCGCAUGGGCUGCCUCGUAGUCGCUGCCUUUGUGGCCUGGGUGUGGCCCACUUACCCGCUGCUUUAUGGGAGGAUCCUACUGGGGGAUUUGUGCCCGGGGCUUGUUGCCAGGUCCUGGCACAGAAAGGGCUCAGCGAGUGGGACUUAGAAGAGACCAAGGUGUGAGGGUCCAGCCGAUCUUGGGAUUCUUCUGCCCAAGGACGUGGUCCCCUCCCCCAAACCAGCAGCCUCGUUUGUAGCUCCUGUGAUCAAACCUGCAAAGGCCCCAAACCCUUUAUUCACACAGACGCGACAGUGGCUGCCUUCUCCCUGGGCUGCUGGCAGAUGGCCCUGGCUCUGAGCAGCCCACGCUCUGUCCCCACCCUGGGACAGCAGUCCAGGCCUUUGCUUGUUGGUGUCUGCAGGGAGCUCAGCACCAAACACAGGCUGUCCUGCACCGGGGGCUCCCACACACAGGACUGGUGGGGACUGGAGUGCGCCCCGAGCCAGGAGGGCCGGGACGAUCUGAGGGGAUUCAGGCGGGGCUGCUGCAGGGCCGGGGCCUGGGCUUCUGCCGCCUCCUGGGCAGGUGGGGAGCAGAGGCCUGGGGGGGAACACAGGCUCCCCGGGGGGCAGGACACCUGAGCCGCGAGCCAGCAUGACUGGCGUGGUACUGAGCGCCCAUUCUCACAGACAAGGGGCCCUGCAGCUGCCAGGGGCCGGGCGUGGGCUCCGGGGGAGCGGCUCCUGCCCUGCUGGCCAGCCCUCUCCGGAUGCCGUUUCUAAGCUGCUGAAGCCGCCUGUCCUUGACUUGGGCUGCGCGGAGGCUUCUCAGGGGCUUCCUCCCCGGCCUUGGCAGGACCGGCUGAGCUGAGGGACUUCCUGGCGGGAGGGAAAGAUCCCCAGGCCUUGACCCCCCCCCCCCCAUCAGGCAUGUGGUAGGACCAGGCUCCCAGCUGGCCCAGACACAGCCCAGCCCUUAGGGCAGAAGGCCACCGCCCUCCAGGGCGCUAACCACCCGGCCCCCUGACCUGAUAGGGCUGGGGAGGGGGGCGCCGGCAGGCGGGUGUGAGCUGUGGAAGCCACCUCUGGAGAGUGGGAGGGAGGAGGCCGAGGGUGUGACGGGGGUGGUGUGGCCCCGGGCCUCCGCGGGCCUCCGCGUGCCCUCCCCUGGCCUCUGACGCUGCCUCUCCCCCCUCCCCUGCCCACCCUGGGGCCGGAGGCUGGUGGAGCCUUCCCCCAGUUCCUUCCUGCCUUCCCUCACGUUGGGCAUGUGUGCAGCCUCCCCGCCGGCGUGUGUGUCUGCCACGGGUGCCAGGCGUGAGGGCCCCGGGAAGCAAGGCACGGUCUCCCGAGGGGGGCUGGCCUUGAGCCCCGGAGGCCAGGACUGCAGGGGUGGCUUGAAGGAGCCCCUGCCCUUUGGCGUCUCCAGGGCGUCCGGUCAGCUACCCGAAGGGAACAAGGCAGGAGCCCAAACAACCAGGGGAGGAAGACGCCUGGGGUCAAGUCCUAGAGGGCCGCGCGGCACGCCCUUCCCGCUCACGGCAUCCGGGCACGAGGCCAGUGGCUGGGAAGCAGGGCGGCCAGCCACACCAGCCGCUCAGACCUGAACGUCCCCCCAGGGCCCUAUCCGGGCACCCACGCUUCCAGCUGGACAGCAGGUGGCCAGCCACUCAAGCUCACAGCCCUGCCCAAAGGGUCUCUCAGGCCCGGGGCGGUGAGGAACUAGAAGGAGACCCCAGAAGGGAGGUGGUGUCCCCUGUGUGAGAACAGAGCUGAGCCACGGGCCCUCUGCGGUCUGUGGCUCAGGUUCUCUCGAAACCAGAGAAGAGCCAGCCAGGGUGUGCCCUGCCACACGCAGCAGCCCCUCCGCAGGUGUGCAGCCACUCCCCCAAGACAGGGACGAGGCUCACCCGGCUCUGGUUGAGCAAGUAGAGGUGGGGCUUUCACCUUCCUUCAGUACCGGCUUCGUCAGCCCAUCGGGGUCCCUAGGCAGGUGUGGGUUCCGACGCGGGCAUGAGUGUGACAACACCUGGGUGAGGGGAUGGUCACGCCCCUCAUCUGCACCUGUUCAGAGCCCCACUGCCUGACUCGGGGACAAGGGAUGAGUCCUUUCAGGGGCGCUCUCCCCUCCAUGGAUUCAAAGGGACCUCGCUUCUGUGGGGAAUGGGGCCAGAGGAUGGGAGUGUGGGAGUGACUGGGCCUCUGGUGAGGGAGCGGGUGCAGUUAUCAGCAACUCCAGAGUCGGCCACUCGGACCGGGCCCACACUGGCCUGGGGUGCUGCCCACCUCAGUGGGGCCACAUGCUCUCCACUGCACCUUCCAGGGGCUGUCAGUCACAGGCCCCUGCCUUCCCCCCUUUGGCUGGGUGGGUGCCCAGCUAAUCCAGCUGUGGUGCCCACCCUCCUGCCCAUGGUGAUUGAACUGGGAGCCCUGGGCCUGGGGAGCAAGUCGGGCGCUAACAGAGAUUUGCCUCGGGGUGUCAGUCAUCCCAAGAGCUAUAAAAAACACCCAGACUACUCAGGGUGCACACCAGAGAGUGAAGGCGUCCCAGGGCGAGCAGAGCGAAGGGUGGAGAGAGGCAGAAUUCCGAGAGCAUUCUGGGAUCUCCUGGAUCCAGCCGUACCCGAAACUAAGCCCCUUGGACUUGCAAGUUAUGUGGGCCCACAAUUUCUUGCUUAAGUUGAGUUGGUUCUUGUCUGUCACAGCUGCAGGAGUUGUGAAAUCCUCUUUCGUCUCCUCUCUGAAGCAUUUAGGACUGUUCAGACUUUGCACGCACAGCACUGGUUAAUCUUUCCUUGCCUGGGGGAGAGUCGGUCAUUCUCUUGGAGACGCUCCCUGUUGUAC